CCCGACGAUGCCGUCAUCGCCGUCAUGGGUCUCACGGGGGUGGGCAAGAGCACCUUCAUCUCGCACUUUUGCGACACGGCCGUCGUCGGCAACGACCUCGAGUCCUGCACAACGAGCAUCAGCAUCCACACGGCCACCGUCGACUCACAAACCGUGUACCUAAUCGACACGCCGGGGUUCGACGACACGACGCGCACCGACACAGACAUCCUCAAGGAGAUCGCCGUGUGGCUCGAACGCUCCUACGACGCCGACAUCAAGCUCGCCGGGAUCGUGUACCUGCACCGCAUCCAGGACAACCGCGUCGGCGGGUCGGGCACCACCAACCUGCACAUGUUCCGCGAGCUGUGCGGCGCGGCCGGCCUGUCGUCGGUCGUGCUGGCCACCACCAUGUGGGACGCGCUGCCGCUGGAUAAAGCCGAGGCGCGCGAGCGCGAGCUGACCACGGCGCCCGAGCUGUGGGGCGGGCUCGUCGCGCACGGCUGCGCGGUGCUGCGGCAGGACGGUGGCGCCGCGUCGGCCGCGCGCAUCGUGCGGCAUGUUCUGGAGCAGCGCCGCCCCGUGACGCUGCAGCUGCAAGAGGAGAUGGCCGACGGGCUGGCGCUGCACGAGACGGCGGCCGGCGGCGUGCUGAAGGCCGAGCUCGAGGCCCAGCAGCGCGCGUACGAGGAGAAGAUGGCCGUGCUCGAGGGCCAGCUGGGCCGGCUGGCGGCCGAGCUCGCCGCGCUGCAGGUCGCGCAGGCGGCGCGUGAGGAUAGGGAGCGGGAGGAUAGGGAGAGGGAGGUCAGGGAUAGCGAGAAGCGCGAGCUGGGUCGCGAGGAGGUC